AUGAGAAUCGGAUCAAACGCCUUAUCCGUGUCUCCAAUUUUUUUUCUCUAUAAAUAGCAAUUCAUACUCUUCCCAUUUCUUUGCUUCAGUAUAGGCAUAGCUCUGAAAAAGUCACAGAGAGAGAAAGUGAGUGAGUAAGUGAGAGAGAGAGAGCUUUCGAAGGUGGUCUUCAUUUCAGCAUCCGGGGCAAGGCGAGUGGGGUGUGGAUAUCUUCUCAAAGUCAAGUUUUCUGAUUAACUGAACAAUGGAGGUACUUGGAAAAUCUAUGGUAGCAGUGCCUACAAAUGUUAUAUAUCUGUCAACUAUUCUUGGCCAAGAUGGCCCAAACCCUGUUCACAAGUGUGAUUGGAAAUGUCAAAAUGAACAUGUGUGUGGGAACAUGUACCGCUGCCGUCUAACUGGGCUGACACACAUUUGCGACAAAAACUGUAACCAGCGAAUAUUGUAUGAUAACCAUAACUCUCUUUGCAGAGUUAGCAAACAGAUUUUCCCUUUAACUCAAGUGGAAGUGCAGGCUGUGAAAGGUGUGCGAAGGAAGUUUGAUGCUGAUAGUUCCCCUUCUGAUAGCUGCGCCUUUAAGCGCAGAAGGGAUGCACAUUUCCACCCAUCACCAUUUGAGAGAUCUUUCACUGCUGUUAGUCCCAUAUGCAGUCAAGUUGGAGAUGGCAUGGACAUGAGCUAGAAAUAAUAAAUUUCCAUCCUUUCAUCUGUUUAAUUUUCCUGUCUUUUGGGAGAGGAUUAGGAACAAUUUCAUAAUUCAAAUGGCAGACCUGAUUGUCUUGCCAUUAUGUAGGAGAACUUAUAUUUGACAUUCCUGUGGGACUGUAGCUUUAUAACUGUUUAGGAGUAACUAUGUUAUGUCUGCAAAUGCUGAUAAUGCGCUCGAGUUGAUGUCACAUGAAGGCUUUAACUAUAUAUAGUGCAGCAUUUUGUAU